ACGCCGCCCCCUCCCCCCUUCCAAUUCAUCUCGCACUCCUGCUGGAACCAACAGCUACAGUCUCUGUUACCCAUGCUGGAUUUGAAGAUCCAACGCACGCUCUCUGUCUGCGUUCGCUGUUGUUGGAUCUGACCAACUUAUCUUUUUGAGGAUCUUCCAGGGUGGCCGUCGGACGUCAAAACAAAAAAAUUAAACACCGAUUGGUGAGAGGAUUGGUCGGCGGCUUGCACGGAUUGCCGCGUUGCCCUCUAAUUACAUCGGACAGACUGCCUGAUUUUGGUGUUGGAGGACCUCCAGCGACUUACAGUUUUUAUUUUUGUAAUUGCCGGUAGUGCGGGAGAGUUCAAGCGUUGACCUAGUUCAGAGGAGAAGGAGAUUGCGACGAUAGAAGUUCAAUUUCAAGCUGAGGAUCAGGUGCAUGUCGGGGAUUCGUGGAAUGGGUUCAGUGAAAUGGCUGGCGAUUAUUAUACUACUGUGUUUUAUUCAAGUUUCCUCUCAAGGAGCUAUUUCGAAAAACACCUUGGUAGUCGAGUCUCUUUCGCCGUUCGAGUGGAGCUCGGAGUUCGUGAACCUUAACGGUGGUCACAUCCAUGGCCGUGUGCUAUUGCAAGCUCGAUCAAAUGCAUCUCGACUAUUGGCAGUGAAAGGAGACCGCAGGGACCCACUGGAUAGUUUCCAAAAAUACCGAGGUGGAUAUGACGUAACCAACGUGCAUUACUGGGCGUCAGCAGGGUUCACUGGAAUAUACGGCUUUGCUAUUGGUGUUGCAUGGCUUCUGCUGGGAGUGCUCGUCACACUUGGCGCUUGUUGUAAGCUCUGCUGCUGCAAUCAUGCUAGGGUUGCUGAGCGCCGUUCAGCUGCGUAUUACUGGAUUCCUCGCAUUCUGGCGUUGCUCCUGUCACUCUUCGCCAUUGGUGUCAUUGUUACGAUGUACAUCCGCAACAGGCAAUUCCAUACCCGUGCCUUCAAGGUGAGGGACACCAUAGCUGGUUCCGCAAACGACGCUAUAGGUGCUGUCCGCAAUGUGACGGGCACGUUGUCGGAGGUAGAUACCAUUACCAGCAAGUACAACAUUCCGGGGUUGAAUGAUGGGAUACUUGGUAAUACAGUGAAUCAAUUGAAUUCUCAAGCUAACAACAUUGACCGCAUAGUGGGUGACAACAUCCGCAAUCUCAACAAGAUCAUCAACGCAAUACAGUUAGCAUUGAUCGUACUCCUGUCUGUGGCUCUUUUCGUCGUCGUUGCAGGACUUUUGUCGGCAUUAUUGGGGUGGAGCACCAUCUUUUUCCUGAUCAUUCUGAUCGGCUGGCUGAUUGCUGUAUUGACGUGGAUUUUAUUCGGAGUUUUCUACGCUGCCAACAGUGUAACUUCGGAUACAUGCCAAGCUUUUGCCGAGUAUCUUGAAGCACCUGCAAACACCACACUAGCUGAAUUGCUUCCCUGUGUGGACGAGGCAACUUCUGCUAGAGCAUCCAAUGUUGUCAAGCAGGGUGUCAAGAACAUUGUUGUCCGGGCAAAUGGUAAUCUCAAUGGACUCCGACAAGCGGGUGCCGGUGUACAACCAUCCGUUUCCUUACCUGCUCUGUGUGAUCCAAUCGGUCCAGCUCCUAAUCUUGUAUACCCAACCAGUUGUCCAUCUGGCACAGUGACGCUUGCUGGAUUACCAGAAGUUUUGGCACCUUAUGUCUGUAACGUGGAGCCAGUCACUACCACUUGUCUAUCUCAACGUCGUUUCGUGACUCCAUCGGAUGAUGCAGCUAUCAGGGACUUCUCCGCGGCUGGCCGGAGUUUAGAGAUCAUCAUCCCAACGAUAACUGCAUUAACGAACUGUUCCGUCGUGUACAACACGUUUGACACCAUUGUCACGCAGCAGUGCCCCCCCACGAUCGAAUCUAUUCGGAACCUUUGGAUUCCUCUCUUGCUAUUGUCCGUCGCUUUGACCUUGCUAUCGUUCGAUUGGAUCUUCGCAAACCAUCGCAACAAGAGGGAGCACUAUGCAAGCAGACGUGACCCAGAGUACACGAAUGUCGUGAAGCCUUGAACAGGCUAGGCACUUGUGCAACAUCAGUGACCCGUGUCUGUGCACGCUGGAUGGGAUGCUUGACGGUUUUCUGUUUUUAGCAAGUUGGUGUUGUUGUUGUUGUUGUUGUUUUGUGUGUGUGUGUGUGUUUUUUUUUUUUUUUUUUUUUUUUUUUUGUAAAUUUUUCCUUUCACUGUUACCCUUCCGUUACGUAGAGGUAUUUAAGGGUUAUGUAGAGGUAUUUCAGGUUCAUGUCCCGGACUUUGUUUCGAUUGUACUCUAUGUAAAAUGCCCAUUUCCGCUCUUUUGGGUAGACAUCAAAAGAUUCAUACACUGUAUGAGAAUUUUCUUGACUAAAAA